GUUCUCCUCGUGCGGUCAUGCUCUUGAGGCGGUUGUUCCUUCACCUCCACCAUAACUCAUAAUGCAGAGAAUACCUUCACCGAGGGACGCAGAGUCGGCGUACUCGAAGGCCACGAGAGCCGAAAUAACACAAGAUUACGACUCCGCUUUUCAAAAUUAUGUCAAGGCCGCCGAUCUGUUCUUAUACUUCAGCAAAACAAACACGACCGAUGAGAAGAAGAAGGAGAAAUGGAGGAACGACGCCAAUAAGGCCCUGCAACGAGCCGAGAAGAUCAAGCAAUUCAUAGUCAGAUCGAACGAAAGUCGAGUGGCUUCCUCUUCGGCGAGCUCAGGGACAGAGCUAGAGAACCAGAAACAAAACCACCUGACCCCUGUUCCUGUUGAUCCAUUCUCUCCGCAGCAGCAGUCGUCCUGGUUAAGGAAAGGAAGUACCGUGAAUGGGCUAUCACUUCCCUUAUGGGACGAAAAUGCCAGUACAACCACAUGUAAUCCCCCGCUAUCUGCAGCUCAAGAAGAAAUGUCGGCCGUGUGGCGCGUACCGAGUAGCGAAGAAUAUUCACUUUCAAUGUCUCCAAACGUACUGCCGCAAGAUAUAUCUCAAAAUGUCAUCGCAGACUGUUCAGUCUGUGCGUCGAUAUCUGUUUGCCUCGAACAUGCACGAAGAUUUGGAACGAACCCGUUUGAGAAACUUUUACAUGCACGAUCCAAUAGUGUCUACGACCUGAAGUUUCUUUAUAACGGUGCUUGGAGAAAGAUUUCAAUCGACAAUCAAUUGCCCUAUCACCCCGAGCUUGCCGUACCUUUGUGUCUGACCUGUUCACCUGAAGAUAAAAGCCGUAAGCCGGCAUUUUGGCCAUCUCUUGUCGAGAAAGCAUAUAUGAAGUUGAUGGGAGGAUACGAUUUUCUCGGAUCAAACUCAAGUAUUGAUUUACAUACUUUGAUUGGAUGGAUUCCAGAGCACCUGAAUAUCAAGAGCUCUACUUUUGAACGCGAGCGAACUUGGACAAGACUGAUUGAUGGUUUUACUCGUGUAGGCGGCUGCAUGGUAACUGUUGGAACGGGCAAGGACCAGCAGUCUAGUCAGAUCCCCUUCAAACUCCUUGCCUCCCAUAGUUAUGCUGUAAUAGAUAUCCGAGCUGACGGAAAUGAAAGAAUCGUCACAAUCCUAGAUCCUUGGGUACGACCAUCAGAUACAAGUGCUAUUUCGGAACGGCCGUCCAGGAUAAUGAAGCUUACCUGGUCGCAAGUCCUGAAUGUAUUCGAAGGUAUAUACAUCAGCUGGGAUCCCAAGAUAUGGCCUGAAUCUCUGAUUCAUCACGGGUCGUGGAGGCCUCAAGAUACAACUAUUUCAUCAGUUCGAGUUGCAAUGCAAUCUAGUACGGACGAAGAUGAUGAAAUCUUGGUUUUGUUAUCUCGGCAUAUCGAGGACACUCGUAAGACUUCGGAAUUCAUUGCGCUGAAGGUACAGUUGGAGGACGAGGAAGUUGAAAUUCUUGCUGCCAAUCAUGACAGUGACCACGCAAUAUCUACAAAGGGUAGUUACACCAACAGUCCGCAUAUCUUGGCAAGACUUCCGAUCUCGAGAUCCUAUCUUUCCGAACAAUCCUCUGCCAUCCUCUCUAUAUCUGUAUUAUAUGACGGCCAAUUGACCACUGAGGUUGGCUACACGAUAUCGGUGUACGCCAAGUCUCACUUGAAGCUCACAUGGGGAAAGAGACCCGAAACUACUAUGUUUGUUGAAACGAUCCCAGGUUCGUUCAACAAUAGGACUGCGGGGGGGAAUCCGACAUACCCAAGCUUCAUGUUCAACCCACAAUAUCAUCUUCGCCUGUCCCCCGAGCGUGCUUCGGUUAGGACGAAAGGUCGUGUGAUGUUGACUGUUGAAGGAAGCAAAGACCUUCCAAUGCAAAUUAUGGUCGUCUGGUCUCAAGGUCAACGAAUUAUCGAGCCUUCCGAAAAGGAUAUCGUGACUACUUCAGGUCCCUACAGCUACGGCGUGGCCAGACUUUCAACGCAACUUCUUCCCGGAGAUUAUAAUGUUAUUGUUUCCGCAUUCGAACCAGGAUAUACUGGGGACUUUAAAGUAACUGUUGCAAGUUCCCUCAGAUUCAACCUCGCAAAUGUCCCGCAGGAGAGUGCUGGUAUGUUCACCAAGAUACGUCGAGAUGCUUGGUCGGGAGCCUCGGCUGCUGGUGCGCCCAGCUUUGAUCGCUAUUUUGAGAAUCCCGUCUUCGAAUUUAGUUUAUCUGCAGCAGCAAAAGUGCAAGUUCGCUUACAGCUCGACCAGUCAUAUAUGUCUUCUUCCCUCAACGUGGCAAUUUAUUCCGCAUCUCAGAAAACUAGUCCAGACAAUCCAGACAACUACCUUGCCACUUCGAGGGGAUACAGCGACGCGCUGACGGGGGUCAUCACUCCCUUAGUGCAUUUGCCGAAAGGGAAAUAUUGGAUCGUCCCCUCGACAUAUAAUCCGGGUAUGAAGGCGCCCUUCAAGCUAAUUGUGUACAGUACCGUCGUCGUAGAACCGGAAAGGGUAAAGACGUAA